AUGAUGAAAUAUUCACCAUUUCAAGAUGAACCAAGCAGCGAUAAUAACAAUAAUGGACAGAAUUCAGAAUCACAACCACAAAGCAAUGCACCAAAACAUCCAAUAUCAGUAUUUUUUCAUCUUUUUUUCAAAAUUGUAGCAGUUGCAAUAUUCAUUUUAUCAUCAUUUGUAAAUAUAGGUUUUGUUUUGACUUUUAUCAUUGUAACCCUGUCAUCUGCAUUCGAUUUUUGGGUUACUAAAAAUGUUACUGGUAGAAAAUUGGUUGGACUUAGAUGGUGGAAUCAAAUUAAAGAAGAUGGAACAAAUAAUUGGGUAUUCGAAUCUGUACAAGAUAAAAGUCAAGUAAAUCCAGCUGAAUCAUUAAUGUUUUGGGUACCAGUUUUAGCAUUUACAGCUGCUUGGUUUGUUUUUUCAAUCAUUUCAUUAUUUGGUUUAAGCUUUUUAUGGUUAGUUGUCGAAAUUGUUUGUUUCCUUCUUGCUGGUGCAAAUUUAUUAGGUUAUAUUAAAUGUGCAAAAGAUGCAAGAAAGAAAGUUAAAGGAAUGGCUCAAUCCUACAUUGUUGGGACUAUUGUGAAUCAAGCAAUAAAUAGAGUAUAA